CUCACUAAGCUAAAACCUUUAAUAUACACAGCUGAUUGGUUUCUGCAUAUUCUGUUCCCCUUUUAUUUCUCUCCUUGGGUGUGGCACGUGAACAACAUUCCAUCAACGACACCUUUUAACUCCAAUGUGUCGUUUCCUUUAGUUUAACUCUGAGGUGACGGUAUAACUUUGUGUCUCACUUUCUAAUGCUAAUUAAUCCCUGGUAUAGCGUUCACAUGUGAUCCUAACAUUUAGACCUGAACUUAUUUAUUUAUUUAUUUUUUAACAACACUGUUAAGAUCAGGGGAAAAAAACCCAUGUUAAAACAAAAAGCUGAGUGAACGGUCGUGUCCUCACGGGUUUCCAUGGUUACGUGCUUACUACUGUACUAAACAGUAGGCUAGAUAACGUCCCAGUAUGUAAUGUCAUGUGAGUGUGGGUUGAUAUUAUUUAUAUAUAGGCCUACUGUUUAGUAUGAAAGUAUGCGUUGUGUUUCGUAAGAUAGUUUACUGUUUUAGUGUACUGUUCAUUAAGAAGGUAUACUAUUUAACUUACUGUUUUCCAAGAUACCAAGUUUACAAUUUUAAUAUAGUGGAGAAGUGAAAAGGAGAAUGUAUAUGCAAAAAUAUGUGUUGUAUGGAAUAAAUGACAAUCAUGUGAAUAUGUUCUAUGAAUCCGGUUAGUCUGAAGUGUGUAAGUGAAGGUUAAAAGCCAAUAUAGGAAAUGAGCAGGGACCACCAAAACCUUUUACAUUCAAAUGAAGUCAAACCUGUCCAGGCGUGCUUUAGAAGAGUCUCGGAGUAACUGCUACAUUUAUUAAUUUAGUUGUUUGGUUAUUGAUUCGUCAUUGAUGCAUUUCUCUCGUUUAUACACGAGAUCAUUCAUUCUGUCAUCAUCUGCCUAGUUUAAAUUACCAAACGUAAUAAAAACACUCUCUUGUGAGCAUCUUGACAGCUUAAUCCAAGCCUGAGUGAUACCUAAAAUAGUUAGAGUGCAAUCAAGUGGUUCAGCGAAUAUUAAAGAGUCCCAGGGAUCUUUGGUCAGUCCUCAUUUCAAGCCUGACUUCGAGAGACGCACGGGCCAUUACUUUUUCAUUAAGAAGAAAAACAAGGGUUAAUUCCUGCUAUGUUGACCCACUCCACGCUGGCUGAGAUUCAGAGGCUCGGGGGUGGGUUACUGGGAUAUAGGGGGCUGUGCUUUAGAAAAACAGGGGGGUCUGAGGGGCGGAGAUGGAGGGAUGAGGAGGGGACGGAGGUUAAAUAGGCUGGGUGGCUCUCCCCCCUUCACUUAAACACACACUCUCUCUCUUGCUCUCUCCCUCUCUCGCUCUCACUCUCUCUCCUUCUGCCCAUGUGUGUAUGGUGCAGAACUUCACAGAGAGACUUCUGUUCACUGAGGAAAGCCAACAAGUUGCCCUUUUGCAGUCCAGCAACUUUUGGUUCUGCAGCUUUAAAAGCACACCUGGACUAACGCUAAAGGAAGACUUCUUCAAACAGGACUUUUUUUUAACAACUUUGUAGAACCCGGACCCCUUCACCUUUAACUAAUGGAACCCACGGAAUACGCUGACAGCUACGAUUAUUAUGAAGACAACGAGACGGCGUGCGACUACUCCGAGUGGGAGCCGUCCUACUCGCUCAUCCCUGUCCUCUACAUGCUCAUCUUCAUCCUUGGUCUGUCCGGGAACGGGAUGGUCAUCUUCACCAUGUGGCGUUCGGCCAAGUCCAAGCGCCGUGCUGCAGACGUCUACAUCGGCAACCUGGCUUUGGCCGACCUGACCUUUGUGGUGACCCUGCCACUGUGGGCUGCAUACACGGCACUCGGGUACCACUGGCCUUUCGGCGUGGCGCUUUGCAAGAUCAGCAGCUACGUGGUGCUGGUGAACAUGUAUGCCAGUGUCUUUUGCCUCACCUGCUUGAGCUUUGAUCGCUACCUGGCCAUUGUGCACUCACUAAGCAGCAACCGUCUUCGAUCCCGAGGCACCGUGAUGGUAUCGCUCGGCGCCAUUUGGCUGCUUUCCGGGACUCUCGCUGCGCCUACUCUGCUCUUCCGUACCACGGUGGAUGAUGCGAUCAGCAACCGCACUACCUGUGCCAUGGACUUCAGCCUGGUGACCCUGAAUCAGCGCCACGAGUCACUCUGGAUCGCCGGUUUGAGCUUGUCAUCCUCAGCUCUUGGCUUCUUGCUCCCCUUUAUGGCCAUGACUGUGUGCUACUGCUUGAUUGGCUGCACGGUGGCGCGCCACUUUGGCCACCUGCGCAAAGAGGACCAGAAGAAGCGGCGCCUCCUGAAGAUCAUCACCACUCUGGUGGUGGUGUUCGCCCUCUGCUGGACGCCUUUCCAUGUGCUGAAGAGCAUGGACGCGCUGUCAUACCUGGGGCUGGCUCCGACGUCCUGUGGUUUCCUGCACUUCCUGCUGCUGGCGCACCCGUAUGCCACCUGCCUGGCGUACAUCAACAGCUGCCUCAACCCGUUCCUCUAUGCCUUCUUCGACCUGCGUUUCCGCUCGCGCUGCCUCUGCCUGCUCAGCCUGAAGAAGGUUGUGCACGGUCACGUCAGCUCUGCCUCAUCCACCCUCAGCGCGCAGACCCAGAAGUCCGAGCUGCAUUCGCUUGCCACCAAAGUGUGAGGAGAAGGAGAGCAGAAGGAGACGAGGGGAAGGAUAAAAAGUGGAGGUGAUGGGAGAAGUGAGGAGCGACCAGACGGCUGGUCCAUUCUGGUAGCUCGACUCGUCCAGGCUGGGCCUCAAACAUGAACAUUGUUUUGACUGAAAAGAUAAAGGACUUUUGACACGCUCUCUCUGUGUCUCUGUCAGAAAGACCGACCGUGGUCUGUUAUGUGUACAGUGUGUAAAUAAUACUCCCAGGGUUGUGUAUUCUACUGUAUGAAUAAUAGUGUAUGAGUGUGUGUAUGUGAACUGUAUGAGGAGAAACUAUUUUUGCAUCCUGCUUCAAAUUUCAACUCCACCGAGGUGAUCGAUGGCAUGUAUGUGAAUCUGUCUCUGUGUGUGUGUGUGUGUGUGUGUGUGUGUAAGUACACUGAUCUAAGACUACAAAUUGUACAGUAUUUUCAUACUUCAAAAACAUGUUUAGCAUCAGUAGCACUUGUUUAAAAUGAAGAUAUAAAUGUAUGAGUUUGCAUAAUGAGCCCUUCUUCCUGGCUGUGCUCGUGUGUUUGCUGAUGAAAGCUUCAAAGCAUGUAUGUGU